AACAUAGUUAUAAGGAGGCGUCCACGAAUGAAGUACAGUAGUUAAAUAGGAUGGCUCUUCGCAUAAUAUUAGCAGGUCAAACUAGCAUGGCUAGCUACGUGAUUAAAAGUGUAGGGCGCUGCGCGUGCCGUUCAGGAAGCACGUGAAGGCACAAGGUUACACUCGCGCGCUGGGAAAGGGUCAUGCAUUCACCGUGCACAAAAAUAUUAUAUAUGAGAUAUAUAAAUGAAUCUUAUAUAAAAAAUCUUAUAUAUGAGAUAUAUGCAUGCGUGCAGGAGUAAAUAGAGGGUAGCUGAACAUUGGUUUAAUAAUGACAAUAAAAGUAAUAAUAAUGCAGUUUGUUGCAAUGAAAUAUCAGUGAUUAUGCCACAGUGAUUAUUCUAAAUUCAUACAGUUAAGUUGAUUAGUUUGUGUCAGUUGGGAAAAGUUGAAAAUGUGCAGACCAGGGUACUCCAGUUAGUUUGGGAGAGCUAGUGCAAAUGUAAUAUAUUUUGAGUAAAAUUGCCUUGAUUUAAAUUACAGACAUACAUUUAUUAUAUUUACCUCAUUAUCAGCAAAUACUAUACAUUUUCACAGAAAUUAAAAGGAGUACACUGUAACAACAUAGUAAUAUCACAUAGAUCAGUUGCACCGCAUAAAAACGCUGUAAACUCAAUUAUUCCAAUUAUAGGAACAAAUUUUAUUGAAACCCAGAAAUAUUAAUUAAUUACAGUAGAUAAUUGUGUGUUUUUUGUGAUAUCAUACUAACCAUGAUUACUAUUACGUAUGUUUAAUUUACAACCUUAGAUGACUUAAUUUUCAUUUUGUAGAAGUAUCAGUUUAAGCCGGGCAUCAGCCGUAUUUCAUCAGAGUGGACGUUAGUGCAUGCAUCUUUUUGGUCUCUGUGCUGCCACGGUUUUCUGCACUUUACAGUCUCAGACACGAGGUGCAGGUGCUACAGGACAUGGCUCAGACAGCAGGAUUUGGACGGAAAUAUGUGAAAGCGUUUGUGAGCGGGUUUUUUAUAGCCGUCCCCGUCACGGUGACGGCGUUGGAUCGGCUCGCUUACGUGGCACGGGUGGAAGGAGCGUCCAUGCAGCCCUCACUGAACCCUCAGGGAGCCUCGUCGUCUGACGUCGUUCUUCUGAACCGCUGGAGUGUGAGGAACUAUGAGGUGCAGCGUGGGGACAUCGUAUCAGUCGUCCCAUGAUAUUGACAUGAGAGAACUCCCUCCCCCUCUUGCUGUGAAAGCCUUAAAUGGAAGAAAAGAAAAGAGAAUUACUACGUGGUUGAGACGUUCAGAUUAUCUGUUCAUAUCCAAAUGAGUGCUUGAAUAUCUGUUAGAUUUAAUCAACUGAUUAGAUUUUGAAAUUGACCACCAGACAGGGUGAAGGUCAAAGCAAGGUCAAAAUAUCUGAAGAGUUCUUCAACAGCUUUCUCUCAGUUUCUCCUACAAAGUACUGACACUUUCAUGUUUAGGAUCUCAAAGUCAAUUUCCUGGCUUCAUAUUUUUUCUAUGUCAUCGAUCCAUCCAUUCUUAGCUUCCUUUCACAAUAUCUUUGUUUCUGUUUAAAGUGGUUUUAAGUGGAUUUGAGACAAGAACGAGUGAAGCAGUUGCUUGUUGCUGGUGGGAUGCUUGGUUGCAUUUCUGUUGUGUCGAGUUCUACUUGUUUCAAAUCUUUCUUUUCUAUUACAGUUAACAAUAUGAUCUUUAAUGUAGAAGACAGAAUGUGAGUUCUUCUGGUGAGUUGGUUUAAAACCUUUCCCGGGUCGUGUUGCGGCCUGUGGGAUGCAUGUAUGACACCUCUGCUUUUUAUUAGCUGAGUUAAGAGUGAAAUAGAAUAUCUCAGUCUGGAAUAAAUUUAGCAUUAUACAAUAAUUAUUCAGUCUAAUUCUGAACAGUGUGUGUAUAGAAUUUAGGAAGCAAAAUAAAUCAUCGGAUUCCAGAUCGUGAUUUUUUAAACCUCAGAUAACAGAUGAGCACAAGUGCGUUUAUCAAAUGGCUGGUCUUGUAUUUAGGCUUGAGUCCGCCAUUUCACUCCUGUUCUCGUGAGUGUGUGUGUGUGAGUGAGAGUAAUAGAGAGAGAGACAGAGAGAGAGACAGAGAGAGAGACAGAGAGAGAGACAGAGAGAGAGAGAGACAGAGAGAGAGACAGAGAGAGAGGGAGACAGAGAGAGAGAGAGAGUGUAAAAGAGAGUGAGAGCUCGGGAGAGAGAGUGAUGCCAGCCAUGCCUGUAGAUGGUCCAAAUUAGAGUCUCAUGUCCUACUCAAUUUCCUGCUUUCUGCUUUAAUUGUGAUGUGAGAAACGAGAAUUCUGGCCGCAGGUGGAUCCUUCAGAGACACUUUCACACCGAGUGGUCACCUCUGAGUGCAGGUUACACACACCUCUCUGAGCUGGGAGACAAGGUGCUCUGUGCUCUCCCUCAUUUGCCUGUUCACAUCCAGCAGCCUGUCGACAUAACUCUGCUGUAAGUCAGGCAGCACAGGCUAUUAGCUCCACUCCAAUUAGCCAAGUACGCUCUUGUCUGGACCGCUGAGGGAGGCCACAAGUAUUAGCUUUAAAAGUUCUCAUUGAUCAAGUACAUGGCCAGCUGAGCCCUGUUUAUGUCUGGCUUUUUGCUCUCAUUCAGAUGCCAGUACUCAACUAAAAGCAUCUUCUGAUGGAUCUU